AUGAGGAUUAUAGAACUUGUAAUCGAUGGCUACAAGUCAUACGCUGUCCGAACAGUCAUCUCUGGCUGGGACGAGAGCUUCAAUUCAAUCACGGGUCUCAACGGAUCUGGAAAGUCGAACAUUCUCGAUUCGAUAUGUUUCGUACUGGGAAUCAACAACUUGAGCGUGGUGCGGGCGCAGAACUUACAGGAUCUCAUCUACAAGCGCGGCCAAGCAGGCGUUACGAAAGCGAGCGUUACCAUCGUGUUCGACAACCGCGACAAAUCGAAGAGCCCCGUUGGCUUCGAGGAACAUGCGCAGAUAUCGGUGACUAGGCAGAUCGUGCUCGGCGGCGCGAGCAAAUACCUCAUCAACGGACACCGUGCGCAGCAACAAAGUAUACAGAACCUGUUUCAGUCUGUGCAGCUCAACAUCAACAACCCCAACUUCAUGAUCGCACAGGGAAAGGUUAUGCAGGUGCUGAACAUGAAGGCAAAGGAGAUUUUGGCUAUGCUUGAGGAGGCUGCUGGAACGCGCAUGUUCGAAGACAGGCGGGACAAGGCCUACAAGACCAUGGCAAAGAAGGAGAUGAAGGUGCAGGAGAUCACCGAGCUACUACGAGACGAAAUCGACCCCAAGCUCGAGAAACUACGAAUGGAGAAGCGUGCUUUCCUCGAUUUCCAACAGACGCAGAGCGAGCUUGAACGCCUCACGAAGCUGGUAGUUGCGUACGAUUACAUACGAUACAACGAGCGGUUACAACAGUCUGCCGAAGACCUUGAGGCCAAGAAGCAAAGGGCGAAGGACCUAGACGAAUCUUCUGUGCGCAUGAAGAAGGAGAUAGAGAACCUCCAAGAGGAUAUCAAACAGACAAAGGCAACACGCGAGCAGGAGUUACGCAAGGGGGGCAAGUUCCAGGCACUGGAGGAAGAGGUCAAGACAAAUUCGCACGAGAUCGUCCGCCUAACGACGGUUCUGGACCUAAAGAGGACGAGCAUGGCUGAGGAGGCAGACAGGAAGGAAGGCAUUGAGAAGAGUGUCAAGGAGCUGGAGAAGCUUCUACAUGAGAAGAAGCAGACGUACGAGAAGUUGCAGGAGAAGUACCAGACAGCCCACGCCGAGCUGGCCAAGCAAACAGAGGAGGUAGAGAAGAAAGAAGAACUUCUACAAACCCUACAAACCGGUGUGGCGUCCAAGGAAGGCCAAGAAGGCGGUUAUCAGGGCCAACUGCAAGAUGCCAGAAACCGAGCGAGCGCAGCUGCGACCGAGCAAGAGCAGAGCAAGCUCAGAAUAUCGCAUCUCGAAAAGCAGAUCAAGGAGGAUGAGCCCAAAGCGAAGAAGGCAAAAGAACAAAAUUCUGGACUCCUAAAAGACCUCGAGGCAUUAAAAUCCCAAGCCAAGAAGCUAGAGGCGGAUCUGGCGAAGCUGGGCUACAACGAAGGUCAAGAGGCGGACAUGUACCAACAAGAAUCGCAUCUUCAAGCACGUAUACGGGAACUCCGACAGCAAGCCGACGGCAUGAGGCGACAAGUUGCAAACAUCGACUUCAGCUACAGCGACCCCUCCCCGAACUUUGACCGAUCUCGUGUAAAGGGUCUUGUAGCCCAACUCUUCACACUCGAGAAGGAACACACCAGGGCAGGUACAGCUUUGGAGAUUUGUGCUGGUGGCCGGCUGUACAACGUCGUUGUCGACUCAGCUGCUACUGGUAAGCAGCUUCUCGAGAACGGCAGGCUGAAGAAGCGCGUGACAAUCAUUCCGCUCAACAAGAUCGCGGCAUUCAAAGCGUCGGCGGAGAAAAUUGGAGCAGCUCAAAAGAUUGCACCAGGCAAAGUCGAUCUGGCUUUGUCGCUGAUUGGAUACGAGCACGAGGUCAACGCCGCCAUGGAGUACGUUUUCGGAUCAACACUUGUCUGUGAGGACGCCGAGACCGCUAAGCGCGUGACUUUUGAUCCCGCAGUGCGUAUGAAGAGUGUCACUCUACAAGGAGAUACUUAUGACCCUGCUGGUGUGUUGUCUGGUGGUAGCGCGCCUCAAUCUAGUGGGGUUCUCCUCACUCUUCAAAAGCUUAACGAGAUUACGACAGAGCUUGGUUCGCAAGAGUCCCAGCUCCGGUCUUUGCAGGAUACUAUGGCUAAGGAGAAGAAGAAGUUGGAUGCCGCACGCAAAUCGAAGCAGGAGCUCGACCUCAAAAGGCAUGAGAUCAAACUCACCGAGGAGCAGAUUGGCAGCAACUCCUCGUCAUCGAUCAUUCAAGCGGUGGAGGAAAUGAAACAGACCAUCGCUCAGCUCAAGGAAGACAUCAAGGCGGCGAAAUCUCGACAAGAGGAAGCCAACAAGGACGUGAAGCGCAUCGAGCGCGACAUGAGCGAGUUCAGCAGCAACAAGGACAGCAAACUCGCCGAACUACAGUCAUCACUUGACAAACUCAAAAAGGCUUUGAACAAAAAUAGCGCUUCCAUCAAGCCACUGCAGACCGAGAUGCGCGAAGCCAUGGUCGAAUCUGAGCAAUGCGGUAGCGACCUUGCGGCAGCACAAGAGCAGCUUGAGGAGGUUCAGACCACCCUGCAAUCUCAACAAGCAGAGAUGGACGAGUUGUUGGCUGAACAAUCUCGUGUCCAGGACGCACACGACUUAGCUGCAGCCCAUCUGAGGGACGAGCAAGCGAAGUUGACCGGCUUCGAUGAAGAGCUUCGUUCGCUCGAAGACGCUAUCAGAUCAAAGAACUCAUCCAUCACCGAGGGUGGUCUGGAACAACAGAAGCUCGGCCACGAGAUCGAGAGGUUCCACAAAGAACAAGAAGGUGCUGCUAGUCAUGUCAAGGCGCUUGAAAAGGAAUACGAGUUCAUCGCAAAUGACGCGGAGCUCUUUGGACGCACCGGAACGGUUUAUGACUUCAAGGGCGUGAACAUGAACGACGCAAAGACCAGGCGAAAGUCGUUGGAAGAACACUUCCAGCAAAAGAAGAACAAAAUUAACCCGAAGGUCAUGGCUAUGAUUGACAAUGUUGAGAAGAAAGAGGCGAGUCUCAAGAAGAAUAUGCAGACGGUCAUCCGCGAUAAAUCGAAGAUCGAGGAGACUAUCGUCAAGCUUGACGAGUAUAAGAAAGAGGCGCUCCACAAGACAUGGACGAUUGUCAACCGCGAUUUCGGCCAAAUCUUCAACGAACUGCUUCCAGGCAGUUUCGCAAAGCUGGAUCCUCCCGAGGGCAAGACAAUUUCUGAUGGUCUGGAAGUCAAAGUUAUGCUGGGAAAGGUGUGGAAGCAGUCACUAACAGAGCUAAGUGGUGGCCAAAGGUCACUUAUCGCACUAUCUCUUAUCAUGGCUCUUCUCCAGUUCAAGCCUGCGCCGAUGUACAUUCUGGACGAAGUUGAUGCUGCGCUGGACCUGUCACACACACAAAAUAUCGGUCGUCUGUUCAAAACUCGUUUCAAGGGAUCGCAAUUCAUCGUCGUCAGUUUGAAGGACGGCAUGUUCCAGAAUGCGAACCGUAUAUUCCGCACACGGUUUGUUGACGGUACAAGUGUGGUACAAGCCACAUCAGGGUCUGGAUAG